AUGGUAGUGCAUUGUUUGCCCUGGCAAAAUCAUGCAAAGGCUUUGAUUUCAAACUUCAGCCCAGCAUCUGGAAAUACAACAUCAAAUUUCAGAACAGCAAUCUGUUGCACCUGGCUCAAAUACGACGACAACGUUGGUCUUGCGGAGGCUUUGCUCCAGCACAACGCCAACCUCAAUGCAUUUUACCGAGGAAAAACACCUUUAAUGAGGGCGCUCAAAUACUCCUCCGCUGCUGUGCGGGACCUCUUGCUCAGUCGUGGAGACCUAGACAUCAACAUUCAAAAUCAAGCGCGGGAGAGCGCCCUGUGGUAUGCCGUCCGCUACGGAAACCUUUCCGCCGUCAAGAGCGUCUUAAAUCAACCCAACGUCCAGGUGGACAUCAAGCACAAACACGGCCGAACGGCGCUCCACCUAGCAGUCUUCGCAGGCCGAAUAGGGUUCGUGCAUCUGCUACUUUCUAGAGGCAGUGGCCCUGAUCUACAGGAUGAUUCGGGCCACUCGCCCUGGGACCGGGCACGUCGCUUUAAUAGACCAGUGGUGGAAAUGAUUUUUUCAAAUGAUCCGAUGGCCGAGGUAUUUCUUGGUACUCAAUCAUCGCAGGAUGCUGAGCUACCUCUUCACCAAGCGGUAUCCUAUGGGUCGAACCGCAAUGGCUAUACGCCGCUCUAUCUCGCCAUUCGAAACAAGCGCCUGGAAAUGGUCAAUUUGCUCCUAAGUCACCCCCAUGCUAACGUGAACUGCAAAGACAAAGAUGGCAAUACGCCACUUUGGCUGUCUACUUACUCGUUAUGCGACGAGAUAACCGAAAGGCUGUUGGCCGAGAAAGAUAUUAACGUCAAUUUUGUUAGAGGCCGCGGGAGAUUCGAGACGCCGUCUACAUCUCUCCACCACGCCGCGGCCAGGUUGGAUACCGUGCUGCUACGACGGCUGCUUGCGGUGCUAGGGAUCAGUCUGAAUCUCUGUGUUGGAGGCCACUCUCCAAUCUCCCUGGCCGCAUAUCACGGACGCGUGAAACGGUUGAUUGUCUGUUAA